AUGGCGGUGGAGUAUGAGUGCUGUGAAACUCAGUUUUUCAUUCGGUUACUGAUAAUUGUGCUCCUUGUGUUGUUUGCUGGAUUGAUGUCAGGGCUCACUUUAGGACUCAUGUCCUUGAGUCUUGUCGAUCUUGAGGUUCUUGCUAAAUCUGGCACCCCUCAGGAUCGCAAACAUGCUGCGAAGAUAUUGCCUGUUGUCAGAAAUCAACAUUUGUUGCUUUGCACCCUUCUAAUUUGCAACGCUGCAGCCAUGGAGGCACUUCCUAUCUUUCUCGAUAGUCUUGUUGUUGCAUGGGGUGCUAUCCUGAUUUCUGUAACAUUAAUUCUCCUGUUUGGUGAGAUUAUACCACAAUCAAUUUGUUCUCGGUAUGGUUUAGCAAUUGGUGCAACUGUGGCCCCAGUUGUCCGUGUUCUUGUAUGGAUAUGUUUUCCUGUUGCCUAUCCAAUUAGCAAGUUGUUGGACUAUUUGCUGGGGCAUCGACAUGAAGCACUUUUCCGCAGAGCUGAGUUGAAAACACUUGUAAAUCUGCAUGGAAAUGAGGCUGGAAAAGGUGGAGAACUGACACAUGAUGAAACAACAAUCAUUGCUGGAGCACUUGAACUCACUGAGAAGACAGCCAGUGAUGCCAUGACUCCCAUAACUGAAAUAUUUUCUAUUGAUAUUAAUUCAAAGCUCGAUAGGGAAUUGAUGAAUCUAAUAUUGGAGAAAGGGCAUAGCAGAGUCCCUGUCUACUACGAGGAGCGUACAAAUAUUGUUGGACUUAUCUUGGUCAAGAAUUUACUGACAAUUGACCCAGAAGAAGAGGUACCCGUGAAAAGUGUGACCAUACGGAGAAUCCCAAGGGUUCCAGAAACGAUGCCACUGUAUGAUAUUUUGAAUGAGUUCCAGAAGGGCCAUAGCCACAUGGCUGUUGUUGUCAGACAUUCUGACAAGACAGGCCAACAGUCUUCCAUCAAUAAUAAUGACAAUGUGAGAGAUGUGAAGGUAGAUAUUGAUGGGGAGAAGACUCCCCGAGAGAAUAAUAAGUUGAAAACCAAGAGGUCACUCCAAAAGUGGAAGAGCUUUCCAAACUCAAAUAAUUCCAACAGGGGUAGUUCCAGGUGCAGAAAAUGGUCAAAAAAUAUGUACUCAGAUAUUCUGGAAAUAGAUGAAAAUACACUUCCAACACUGCCAGAAAAAGAAGAAGCUGUUGGAAUUAUUACAAUGGAAGAUGUCAUUGAAGAGCUUUUACAGGAGGAGAUCUUUGAUGAGACUGAUCAUCACUUUGAAGACUCAUGA